AUGACAAAAAUAGCCUUGCUAGUUCUUCUUAUUCUAAUCAUCUUGUCUACUUCUAAUGGAGAUAGAACAAAGAUGCUCUUCUUCCGUGGUCGACUGUCCCGCGGGGAUAAAAAGGGUAUUUGCAAUUCCAUGGUGUUGCCACUAGGAUAUCCUUGCCAAAACCAUCCAGUGACAACAAAGGAUGGUUUUAUUCUAGGCCUUCAGAGAAUUCCGACCGGUAUUUCCGGCAAUCCCUCCAAUAAGCCACCGGUUCUCCUUCAACACGGUUUGAUGAUGGAUGCAGGGAUUUGGCUAUUGAAUCAACCCGAUGAAUCAUUACCAUUCAUAUUGGCCGAUGCAGGGUACGAUGUUUGGUUGGCUAACAGUCGUGGCACUAGAUCUAGCCGCGGUCAUACCUCACUUAAUCCUAAAGAUAAGAAAUUCUGGGACUGGACAUGGGAUGAACAAGUUACUUAUGAUCUUCCAACCACAGUUCAAUAUGUUUAUAAUCAAACAGGCCAGAAUCUACAUUAUGUUGGUCAUUCCGUGGGAACUUUGAUUGCAUUGGCUGCUUUAUCAAAAGGAGAGAACUGGUUGAAUAUGAUAAGAUCAACUGUUCUUCUAAGCCCUAUUGCUUAUCUUUCUCAAAUGCCUUCUCCACUUGGAAGGACUGCUGCCAACAAUUUUGUACCUGAAAGGUUGUAUCAGUUGGGGUUCUAUAAAUUUUAUCCUAAAGGGGGAUUAGUGGGCAAGUUAUUGGGGAAGAUGUGUGACAAGAUGGGUGCUAAUUGUAGCAACUUAAUGACAUCAUUUACAGGUAAAAAUUGCUGCCUAAAUUCUUCAAGAUCAGGUUAUUUUCUUGAACAUGAACCACAAGCUACUUCAACAAAGACCAUGAUCCAUGUAUGUCAAAUGAUUCGAAACGGAAAGAUUGAGAUGUUCCGUUACAAGAGUGAUAAAGUGAACUUGAAACAUUAUGGACAAAUAAACCCUCCCGUAUACAACAUGAGUAGAAUCCGGAAUGAUAUACCACUUUAUAUCAGCUACGGUGGAAAAGAUGCGCUAUCAGACGUAAACGGCGUGAAAACGUUGCUUGCAAGUCUCAAAAAUCAUCAUCCCAAUAAGUUGGUGACGCAAUAUUUGAACAAUUAUGCGCAUGCUGACUUUGUUUUUGGAGUUAAUGCUAAUAAAUUUGUGUAUUAUCCUCUUAUGGCUUUCAUUGAGCUUAAUUAG